AUGGAAGUAGACGAUGAAGACAAUGAGCAGUUUGAAGAUGACCGGGCAUUUAUGAAAGUGUUACGUCGAUAUAAACUGAGAGAUGCUGCAGAUGUAUCCAAACCGCAUACACCACAGAAUCGUCCAACAUCUCCAGAUAAACGUCUCGGAUCAACUCCUGAUGUUAGACCACCAAAUAAAAGACGCCAGUCAGAAAGGAACAGCAAGAAGGACUGA